GCCGGGAGCGGCUCGGGCCGGGGGGCUCCGCACCGCCAUGGAAGGGGCCCCCCCCGCGCCCCAGGACCCCCCCCCCGACCCGUUGCCCCCCCCGUCAGCAGCGGGGGGCUGUGGGGGGGCGGGGGGGGGGCUGCUGUCGCUGCCGCUGGAACUGCUGCUGCGAAUCUGCGCCUUUUUGGGGGCUCGCGAGGUCCGGGGGGUUCUGCCCCACGUCUGCCGCGCGCUGCGGGACGUCGCCCGCGACGCCGUCGCAUGGAGGCUGCGGCUGCAGCGCUGCGCCCGCGGCCCCUUCCCCAUCCUGGAAGAUGAGGGGUUCGACAUCUCUGCCGCCUGCGUCGACCUGGAGGAGCACUUGGAGCGCUGGGGGGACGGGGGGGCCCUCAUGGAGCACUUCUCUCUCGACGAGGGACACUUCGCCUCCGUCGACUCCGUCCUCCUGCUGCAGGGGGGUACCCUUUGCAUUUCGGGUGCUCGUGACCGCAACGUCAACCUGUGGGACCUGCGAGAGCUGGGACGGGCGCCGGGGAAGGUCCUGGUGAAGGCGUUGGGCACCGAACGCAACGGAACCCACAAAGGUUGGGUUUGGUGUUUGGCGUCCCGCGAUAACAACGUCUGCUCGGGGUCGUGGGACAGUACCGUGAAGCUCUGGGAUCUCGCGGCCGAGGGGCAGCAGAUCGGGGAGAUCAGGGAAAAAGCAGCCGUUCUUUGCCUCUCGUACCGCCCCGACGUCCUCAUCACGGGCACCUACGACAAAACCAUCACCAUUUACGAUCCUCGAGCCGCGCAGACGUUAGUCCGAAGCUACAAACCCCACGCGAACGCCGUUCUGGCGUUGGCGGCGGACGAACGUCUCAUCGUGUCGGGAAGCGAGGAUCGAACUCUCGUCGUCUACGACCGCCGCGCAGACGGUGUCCUGCAGCGCCUGCAGCUGGAGAGUUAUCUCUUGGCUAUGUCGUACCGGGGGGGGCACCUCUGGGCCGGCGACAACCACGGCCGCGUCUGCGUCUUCGCCAACAGCGCCGGAACCUUCCAACCCGCCCGGAUGUUCGAUGUGGGGCACCGACUGCACAUCACGGGGCUGUGGCACUCUCUGGGGUCCCUCUACAGCACCUCCACCGACCGCAGCCUACGGAUCCACGUCCCCACGGACCCCCCCCGGACCAUCUGCUCGUGGACACACGAUGACGUCCUCAAUGGGGUCAGCGUGGAGGGCGAUGUGGUGGCCGCGGCCUCGGGGGGACUCUCAGUCGAGAUUUGGCGCCUCCGGACCUGAUGUGACCCCCGGGGGGGGUCCCCCCAAAUUCCUCUCCCUCCUCCCCCCCGCCCCUUUCAUCCUGGG